AUGGCUGAAAAUAUAAUAAUUGAUAAGGUUGUUGGUGAAAGUGGAGCUUCUAAUUCAAAUGCAAUAGGUCAAAGUCAAUUUGUUGAGUCCCAAGUAAAGAAAGGAAGGAAAAAAAGAUCUCGUGCGUGGGAUCAUUUUUCUCGUAAAACUGAUUCUGAUGGAAGUGAAAAAGGUGUUUGCAACUACUGUAAGAAAGAGUAUUUUGCUGACACAAAAGAACAUGGUAUGACGUCAAUGCUUACUCAUAUUGCCAAAUGCCCAAAGAUGCCUUAUAAUAUUGAUAUUAAACAAUCAAAAUUAGCAUUUCAACCAAUAAUAGGGAGUAACAAGGGUGAUGUAGUUGUUGUUCCAUGGGAAUUUGACCAGGAAAAGUGUAGAAAGGCCUUGUGUCGUAUGGUAAUUAUUGAUGAACUUCCUUUCAGAUUUGUUGAAAAGGAAGUUGAUAAUGUUGGUUCAAAUAGUGUGGCAAUAACUGAGUUGUCUAAGCAACUAACUAAAUGGGGGACCAACCUAAUGGGUGGUAGUCACCUUCAUAUAAGGUGUAUGGCUCAUAUUGUAAAUCUUAUUGUUCAAGACGGUACAAAAGAAGCAAAUGUGUGUAUUGAACGGGUUAGGCAGGCAGUAAGAUACAUCAGACAAUUUCCUGCUAGGUGGAAAAAGUUUCAAGAAUGUGGUGAAGAUGAAAAUCUUGCUAAAAAGUCUUUAUGCUUGGAUGUUCCUACAAAGUGGAAUUCCACCUACAUGAUGUUGAAUCGGGUUAUUGAAUAUGAAGGUACACUUUUGAGUAGUGAUUGGGAGGGCGUAAAGAGAAUUACAAAAUUUCUUGAAAUGUUUUUCAAUCUUACUUUGAAGAUAUCUGGAUCACGAUAUGUUACAUCAAAUCUGCAUUUUCUUGAAAUUUGUGAAGUUGGUGUUUACUUGAAUCAAUUGAUAUCAAAUGAAGAUCAUGUUUUGGCUAAAAUGGCAGAAAAUAUGAAGGAGAAAUUUGACAAAUAUUGGGGUGAUACUGAAAAAAUGAAUAAGAUGGUUUUUAUACCAUGUGUUUUGGAUCCUCGUCACAAAUUUAGCACUCUUGGCUUUGCACUUAAGAAGAUGUUUGGAGAAAAGGGGGCUGCUGUAGAAAUUAGUGUGCGAACGUACAUGGAAUCUUUGUUUAAUGAGUAUACAAAGCAUAUUUCAAAUGAUAAAAAUGGCCAAUGUUCUUCAACUGAGGUGGAUACUUCUGAUUCAAGCUCUGUAGGAGGCUUGGGAAAUUUUUUUGAGGAAUUACGAAAACAUACAUAUCAAAGGGGAGGAGCAAGUUCAAAGUCAGAAUUAGUUAAAUAUCUUGAUGAAGAAAUUGAAGUUGGAAAAUCAGAUUUUGAUGUAUUGCUUUGGUGGAAUUAA